AUGCUCGCCUCAUUAUCUUCAAACCCUGUCGACCCGAUGGAUCAGCUACCUGGAGAUGAUCACUCCUCCUACUGCCACGGCUACUCCAUCUCCUUCUCCUCCGGUGCCCACCACACGCAUCACCAGCACGCUACUCAGGCUCAUGCUGACAUGGUGAUCGACCACCAGCUACUCUCGUUCCUCAUGGAAGAAGCCACCAGCAGCAGCAAUGGCAGCUCACCCUCCUCCCCUACACCUCCCGCCUCUGCCUGGGACGCCGGCAACGGCAACAGCAGCCCACGCGGCGAGAUCAUGACGGCGCCUGCCGCGUGGCCGGCAUCGGAUCCUGGCAGGAGCGCUGGUAGUGCGCCGGACUCGCCGCUCAUCGGGGUGAGGAAGCGGCCGUGGGGCAAGUACGCAGCGGAGAUCCGGGACUCCACCCGCAACGGCGCCCGCGUCUGGCUCGGCACUUUCGACACCCCGGACGCCGCCGCGCUCGCCUACGACCAGGCCGCCUUCUCCGUGCGCGGCCCGGCCGCCGUGCUCAACUUCCCCGUCAAGCUUGUACAGGAGUCGCUGCGCGCGCUCGGUCUCGGCGUCGGCCGUGCCGCUGCAGCCGCGGGGGACUCGCCUGCUCUCGCGCUCAAGCGCCGGCACUGCAUCCGGAAGAGAAACCCCAAGAACAAGAGGAGGACGGGCACGUCGGCGACAGCGACGGCGGUGGCUCCUUCGUCGUCAUCGCCAACUUGCGUGCUGGAACUGGAGGACCUUGGAGCCGACUACCUCGAGGAGCUGCUCACCUUGUCCGAUAUGUUAGGAAAAUAA